UUAACAGACAUUUCGGAUUACUAUCUCCGUUAUCAUCAGUAAAUACUCAAUGACUAUUGGAACCCGAUAAGGCUAUAAUUAGUAAAGAUGUUGCGUCAUAUUGCGAUGUGUUGCCGCAAGUCGGACCUGGCGCUCCACGAGCAUAUAAAUAGUCUCCCUCUGCCAGAGUUAGACGCAGGUGAGUUAAGACACUCUGAUGCUAGCUGACACGAAGAUGUGGCUCCAGUUUCUUCCAUCGCUCCUGUUGCUGCUGACAGCGGCCGCACAAGCAGCGAGCUUCUGCCCAGAGGAUCAUGUCAUUUCUCCAUGCACCUGCCUCAAUGAUCACGACGGCGCGAGCGUCUCUUGCUUCGGUUCGUACAUGUCGGCGGCAGAGAUGACGGCCAUCGUUGGCCGCUUGCAGAACACGACGAUGAGUCGCCUUCACAUCGGCGGCUUCGGCGACCUGACCGAGAUACCGGCAGGCAUGUUCAGCGGCCUGAAGAUAGUUUCGCUGAGAGUCAGCGACUCCAGCCGACCGACGAUGAAUGAGCAGUCGUUCGCGGGUAUACGCGGCCUGACGGAGCUGAUCAUGUCGGGGCUGCAGAUGACCGAGGUGCCGUCGGUGAUCUUCCCCUCUGUCAGCCAUGUCGAAUAUCUGCAUCUCAGCUACAAUCGCUUCACCACGCUGCCUGACAGAAUAUUCUCCCCCUUCACGCGACUACGUAGGCUCUUUCUUCUG